CCGCUGUGUUUGUAAACCGAGUGCCAAUAAUUCUGCAGUGAAGUGCACAAGGGACAGAAAUCUUCUGGGUUAAACUCGUCCCAAACUCUACGUCGAUAAACCGAAUAUGCCGUACAUUCUGGUCAGCACACAGAUCCGGAUGGAGUCCGGGCCCACCAGGGUUGGUGAUGAGUAUUCAGAUCCUGCCCUCAUGAUCUAUUUGGGAGCAAGGAGAACUACCAUGCUGGGCAACAACUUUUCGGAAUACUAUGUGGAAGAACCACCACGAUUAGUCUUGGAUAAGCUCGAGAAGCUCGGCUACAGAGUGGUGACCAUGACUGGAGUCGGACAGACUCUGGUGUGGUGCCUUCACAAAGAGUCUAACGAGCUUGCUCAACAACCUACAGUGUCAUGAUAUAAAGUAUGU